AUGGAUGUGGCAGCGGUAGAGGGGAUGUCUCUGCCGGGUAUCCGACUCCGGAAUCGGCCGAUGCAUGUGAUGCCGAGCCAGAAGAGGGUCAAAGCCAGGCGGAAAAGGCGAAAGGAGUUGGUUUUGAUCCAGAUAUGUGUGUUUGGCGGCUUGCUUCUGGUCGUAAAGGGGUUUUCCUACUUAGCUGAAAAUUCAGGCUUCGACAUCUCCAGGCAGAGCAGCGAGGACCAGGAGAGAUGGGGAGGAAGGAGGCUACUGCAGGAAAGGGACAACAGCAGCCUGGAGGAAAUAGAGAGUGAAGAAUCUAAGAACUGCACUGCUCCAGCUCUACAUGAGUUCCCUACAGACCUGUUCACAAACAAAGAGCGAACAGAAGGAGCUGUGGCACUACAUGUCCUGUGUACCAUUUACAUGUUCUGUGCCCUGGCUCUCGUUUGUGAUGACUACUUUGUGCCCUCCCUGGAGAAGAUAUGCGAGCGUCUCCAACUCAGUGAGGACGUAGCAGGUGCGACGUUUAUGGCCGCCGGCAGCUCGGCUCCUGAGCUCUUCACGUCUGUCAUAGGGGUUUUCAUUACCAAAGGUGACGUGGGUGUUGGGACCAUCGUGGGCUCAGCCGUCUUCAACAUCCUCUGCAUCAUCGGUGUGUGUGGCUUCUUUACCGGGCAGGCAGUGAAACUCUCACAUUGGGCUCUACUCCGAGAUUCCAUUUAUUACACAUUUUCUAUCACGGCCCUCAUCGCGUUCAUCUAUGAUGAGAAAGUGUGCUGGUGGGAGUCUCUUGUCCUGGUUCUCAUGUAUGCAGUCUACAUCCUCAUCAUGAAGUUUAACGGCAGGGCACAUCGCUAUUUUGGCCAUCGAAAGAAGAGCUCUGUGAAUCUGGCCAAUGGGCUGACAGGAAGCACUGAUCUGGAGGAUAACGUCACAUGUGAUGCCACUGCAGUCCUACUCAAGAAAGCUAACUUCCACUGUAAGCCGUCAGUGCUGAUGGUGGAUGAGCUCCUGUCUGCAUACCCCCACCAGCUGUCUUUCUCUGAGGCCGGCAUGAGGAUCAUGAUCACCAAUCAUUUCUCUCCCAGAACCCGCCUCACCAUGGCCUCUCGCAUGCUUAUCAAUGAGAGACAAAGACUCAUCAACACUACAGAGACUCGGGUCAACCGCAUCACCAACGGCGACUCGGAGUCAGCGGCCAGGACUCAAGGGAGGCGGGGCUUAGAGAAUGGGAUGGGCGGGGCCGAGCAGGGUCUGAACGGGAGGUGCCGACUUCAGCGACUGGAGUCUGGGAACGAGACAGAGAAUGAAAAUGAGGAUAAUGAGAACAAUGAGAAUGACGAGGAAAGAGAGGCAGAAGAUGAUAAUGGAGGCCCCCUGGUGCCAUUCAAAGUUCCAGCUGGAGUGUGUAACAAGCUGAAGUGGCUGACCAUGUGGCCGCUGUCCCUGCUUUUGUUCUUCACCGUGCCCAACUGUGCCAAGAGGCGCUGGGAGAGAUGGUUCAUGGUGUCCUUCCUCACCGCCACCAUCUGGAUUGCUGGUCUCUCAUACAUCAUGGUCUGGAUGGUGACUGUGAUCGGCUUCACUCUUGGCAUACCUGAUGUCAUCAUGGGCAUCACCUUCCUAGCAGCAGGCACCAGCGUCCCAGACUGCAUGGCCAGUGUUAUAGUGGCACGGCAAGGUCUGGGAGACAUGGCCAUCUCCAACUCCAUAGGCAGUAAUGUGUUUGACAUCCUGGUGGGCCUGGGCCUGCCCUGGGCGCUGCAAACACUCUGCAUCGACUACGGCUCCAACAUCCAUCUUAACAGCAGAGGUCUCAUAUUCUCUGUUGGACUCUUACUAGCCUCCGUAUUCUUCACAGUUCUCGGUGUCCAUUUAAACAAAUGGACUCUGGAUCGGCGACUGGGCUUGGCCUGCCUUGCCAUGUACGCCAUCUUUCUGUGCUUCUCCAUCCUCAUCGAGUUCAACGUCUUCAUCUUCGUCAAUCUUCCCAUGUGCCGAGACAUCCACUGACCUCCCCCCUCCUCUUCUUCUUCUACUUCUUCCUCUGGCUGACGGAGGAAACCUAACCUGGCUUCCAGUUUCUUGGCGCCUGGGAACCAAGU